AAUAUUUAUAUCAGUCGGUAUUGCUACGGUUGAUAAGACGUAAAAAAUAGUGUUUGUGUUGAUUCAAAUCCUGUCUCAUAGUUCCAAUACAAACACAACUCUUCAUUUUUUUUAUAUAGGUACUUGGGAAUUUGUGCCGAGUCAGAUUCAUUUAAUUGACUCCCACACUUUUGCAAACCGCACCUUUGACAAGCAUCACGAAUAAAUCGAAGUAAAAUGCAUUUGUUGGAGCCCUUGACUGAUUUGCUGGCACCAUAUAAGGACGUUGUGGGAGCUGCUUGUGGACUGCUAACUAUUUUGCAGUUCUUCAGUGGCAGUCUCGUAUGCAAUGACAUCCGCAAAAAAGGAUCUGCCGCAGGAUUUCCGCUCAUUCCAUUACUGGGCCUCGUUGUGCUUUGCGGCAUCAGUAUUCCAUUCGGAUUCCAAAUUCGGGAUGACAUGACGAUCAAAGUGAACAUGAUUGGCUUCGCAUUGGGAACAAUUUACUGCCUGAUUUAUUACUAUUACACGCCAAAUGAGCACAAGACAAAAGUGUGGGGUCAAUUUGGGCUCGGAGGAGCUUUUACAACAGCAAUCAUUGCGUAUUCGCAACUUGAAGACCCGAAAGUGGUGGAAUUUCGUUUUGGCAUGAUAGUGACUGUCUUGCUCUUGACCAUGAUUGCAUCGCCGUUAUUUGAUUUGCCAGAGAUAAUGCGAAAGAAGAGCACUGCUGGAAUGCCAUUCCCAAUCAUCUUUUCGGGUACUUUGUGUGGUCUUUCCUGGUUGGCAUACGGAGUUUGUUUGAAUAAUGACUUUAUGAUCAUACAAAAUGUUGUCGCCGUGGCCUUGAGUUUUAUUCAAUUGUCAUUAUUCGUCAUAUACCCUUCGACACCACCUGCAAAGGAGACUAAAAAGUCCGCAAAGAAAACUAACUAAGUUAAAAAAAACUAAGUCGACCUGAGCAAUCAAUUGACAAUAAUUUACAUUUUUUGCUCCAAGUAGAAAGUGUCUUCCAGAAAAAAAACUAACGAUAGUAAGAUUUUAUGGUAUUUUACUCGAUGUUACCUGUUCCACUUGUUGUUCUUUAAAAUCAAAAUAAAUAUUUCAAUCACUUUA